AGCGCGAGCCUCAGCCCUGGGCUGCAGCGCUGAGAAGCGUCGUCCUCCCAGCCGGGCCAGCUGCGCGCCAGGCUGCAGCUGUCUUAGCCGUAGCAGUUUGGAAGCUCCCCUACCGCAGUCAUGGAAAAAACUACGGAUACACUUCCUCUUACUAUGAUUUCUUCAGAAGAGCGAGAGACUGUAUGUAUUUUUGGAACUGGAGAUUUUGGAAGAUCGCUAGGACUUAAAAUGAUCCAGUGUGGUUACUCUAUUGUUUUUGGAAGUCGAACCCCUCAGAUGUCUAGUCUGCUGCCCAAUGGUGCAGAGGUCUUGAGCUAUUCCGAAGCGGCUCAGAAAUCUGACACCAUAAUCAUAGCCAUCCACAGGGAACAUUAUGAUUUUCUCACAGCACUGACUGAGGUUCUCCGCGGGAAAAUAUUGGUCGAUGUCAGCAACAACCUCAAAGUUAAUCAAUACCCAGAAUCCAACGCAGAGUACCUUGCUCAGCUGGUACCGGGAGCGCAUGUAGUGAAAGCAUUUAACACCCUCUCUGCCUGGGCUCUCCAGUCAGGGGCACUGGAUGCAAGUAGGCAGGUAUUUAUCUGCGGAAAUAGUAGCAAAGCCAAGCAGAAAGUGAUGGACAUAGUUAACACUCUCGGACUGACUCCGUUGGAUCAAGGAACUCUCAGGGCAGCCAAGGAAAUUGAAAACUACCCCCUGCAACUGUUUCCAAUGUGGAAGAUGCCCUUCUACUUGUCUGCCUGUCUGUGUGUCUUCUUUUUUGUCUACUGUGUUAUCAGAGAAGUAAUCUACCCUUAUGUUUAUGAAAAGAAAGACAUCACAUUUCGCAUGGCUAUUUCCAUUCCAAAUCGUGUCUUUCCAGUAACGGCGCUGAUACUACUCGCAGUGGUCUACCUCCCUGGUGUGAUCGCUGCCAUUCUGCAGCUGUACCGAGGUACCAAAUACAGCCGAUUCCCAGACUGGCUGGACCACUGGAUGCUCUGCAGAAAGCAGCUUGGUUUGCUAGGACUGGGGUUUGCUUUCCUUCAUGUCCUCUACACACUUGUGAUUCCUAUUCGUUAUUACGUGCGAUGGAGGUUGGGAAAUCAAACCGCUACCCAGGCAAUAACCAAGAAAGAAAAUCCAUUUAACACCUCGUAUGCCUGGCUUAAUGAUUCAUAUUUGUCUCUGGGAAUCCUUGGAUUUUUCUUUUUUGUCCUCUUGGGAAUUACUUCCUUGCCAUCAGUUAGCAACACAGUCAACUGGAGAGAGUUCCGAUUUGUCCAGUCCAAACUGGGUUAUUUGACGCUUAUCUUGUGCACCGCUCAUACCCUGAUAUAUGGCGGAAAGAAAUUCCUCAAUCUUGGGAAUCUCAGAUGGUAUCUUCCUUCAGCUCACAUAAUAGCACUCAUUAUUCCUUGCUCUGUGCUGGUGAUCAAGUUCAUCCUUAUCCUACCCUGUAUAGACAAGACCCUCACACGGAUCCGACAGGGAUGGGAAAGGAACUCGAAAAUCUCAGAAUCGGCAAUGAAUGGAAAAACAGACAUUUAAAGCAAUGUUCAAUUCACCCAGAGUCUUAAGAGAUGAACAAGGAGCUCAGUCAAGUAAGCAUUUUCUCCCACCAUGGCCUGAAGUUUGUGGACAGCGAAGAAAAUGCUGCCUGACUUUUAGACCUUGAGAGAUUGGAAGAGAAGAGCACUUUACCUUGCUUUAGUGAUGGAUGAGUGCAGGCCUCACCUGAAGAUCCAGAUUAGCCCGUGGCUUCGUACUCAGAAGCUUCUUGUCUUCGGCAACAUGCAUAACCUAAUGUCUUGCAAAUUCCAGGGGAAGUACGUGCAACUUCCCUCUCUGGUUCAAAGGCUGAGUGGAGUGAAAGAGAAAACAGUAAAAUGUGGCCACUGAUAAAGGCUUUAGUAGGUAGGUCUGAAGAGGAGAGCCAAAGGAAGUAAAAGGAAUGAGUUUUGUUUUGUUUUUCUGGGACAUGAAAGUGAUCAUAGAUAUUGUCAUAACAACUUCUAUAGUUAAAUGUGCUCUUUGAUUUUGCUUUUACUAAUAUCAGUGUGUAUAGUGGGGAACAUUUUAUAACACAACAAAAAUACUAUGGUUGAUUGGAAGUAUGGGUCAGAUACAUGCAAAUCUAUACAGUGGUCCAACGGUCACUUCUCUACAAGAAAGGUUGAGUUAAAAUCGAAGGAUAUGCACUUGGGUUUUCUCAAUGUACAAUGAGCAAGGAAAGCUUCAUAAAAGCCCGUGCACAGAAAUUCAAAUAAACCAGAAUUCUGUUCUAAAUAUGUUCAUAAUUUUAGACAAUGAGCUAAAUAAAUGUUGUAAAGUUACACUAGAUUAGGUUUGGUUUUAUUUAGGUAUUGUGGUACGCUUUGUAAAUAAUGUAUUCCAAAUAUUAUUCACUAUUAAUCAUCUAUGAAAUGAAUUUCUAGCAUAAAAAAGUAGGUCCUAUAAUUUGUCUUAGCUCAUUAUAAUUUUAAGCAGUGAAAUUAAAUGAAUAAUGAAUGUGUAAGUGUGACAGAUACGCAGAUUAGAGAGAAUUAUGGAAAGUCUUAGGGCAGAGAGCGGUGUGAGCAGUUAUUCCAUGAGACUAGGUUCUUUCUCACGUCCUCACUGGAAUGCAGGAUGAUUCUCCUGUUUUUCUGUGCUGGUAGAUCCAUUUCCAAGAUGACCUUCACCAGGACUAGCCUUCCUGGCUCAUACAUGGAGCUAAAAGGAGUCUUAUGCACAAUCUUCUCACAUCCUGAAAGAACAAAAAGACUUUGGGUUUGACAUUUCUCACGUGCUCUUUCAAGACCAGUUAUUUCUCUCUCUUUUUUUUUUUUUUACUUUCAUCAUAUAUUCUACAUGACAGUAUACCAAAUAAUUAAAAGGCAUUAAAAUAUCACUCAUAAUCCAGGAUAUUUUUCUAUAAAACUUUUUGAAAAUAGUUCUAGUUAUACUGUAUACUCAACUUUAUAUCCUUUUUCACUUAAUGUAUCAGUGGCUUUGUUCUCUUAGUUACACAGUGUAUGUAUUUAAUUUAUAACUGCAUAAUAUUAUAUUUAAUGAACAUUUACUAACUACUGCCCUAAUUAAACAUGAAGGUUAUAUGCUUUUGUUACUAAAACAAAUAACAUUUCAGAGAAUACCUUAGCACUUGCAAGCCUUUUUCAUAUUUCAAAUUAUUUCCUCAGAAUAUUUACCAAGAAUUGGGAUUACAAAAUUAAAUAACUUUUAAUAGCAUUUGCUAUAUAUAUUGCCAAAUUGAAAAUGACCUUGUCAAUAUCAUUGGUAUUCGAUAAGGGUGUUGCUUUCAUCAUACCUUUAUAGAUUUUGUUUUUGCUUCAAUUUGUGCUGAGAAGAUACACAGAACAUAUGAUCCAUCAACGUAUCCUUGAUCCACCCAGCAAGGAUACAAAACGCUGGAAGACUCUGAGCAGAGCAAUGGUGUGUAGUGCCGACCCUAGAGCGUGAAGGGGAAGGACAGGGAGAAUGUCACUACUCAUCUGCUCUAUUUUAUGCCAGACAGCCAAGUGUUCAAGCGUGGGAACCUGCCCUUUGGCUGGCAAAUGGGUUAAGGACUAUCUAGGCUGAUAUAAAAAAGUCUUCUGGGUUAACCAUGCUCCUUUUUAGUAACAGAGUAAUAUGUUUUUACUGGGUCACAAUUUAUCCCUAAAAAUAGAAAAUAAUAGGCCUAGGUAACAAAGCUUUCCUGGAAAUGGACUCUACUUUUCUAACCUAGUAAAAAGGCUCUACCCGAAGGCUUAACAAAAGCUUUCCGUGAGGCUAGGAGUUAAAGAGCGCCCCCUGGUGGUUUUGACGUUACACUUCAUUGCCAGGCCUGACCCUCGGCCUCAACCUCAAAGGCUCCAAGCUGCACAAGCUGAACAGAAAAGCCAGUUUCCUUUUCUUCCCUCCCCAACUUUCUCCCUCCCGAAACCAUCAGACCAGUUUGGCUAUCCUAACACAGCCAGCCUCUCCGGUUUACUGAAGGUGGAAAGAAUGAGUUUGGAAUAGAUGGAAAUGGUGAGCUGUAUUCCUUUUAACAGAUCCAAACUGUUCUACAUGUAAAAAGACUAAAUUUCUUCACUACUGGUGUGUUUCUUGUAUUCUAGGAAAAUUUUUAUUAAGCUCAUUGAUCUUUUAUUUUUAUAUGUUUUCCCCGUGUUGAAAUAUGACUGCUUUUGUAAAUGUGUACUCAUUAAAUAUUAUUU